GGUGACAGAGUUGUCAGUGUCGAAAACUGAACCGUGUAAAGAACAUAGAAAGUUUCAAUUCCGCUUUCUUCAUAAUGAUUUCUUAUCAUUUAGUAACGGCUACAUUCAUCAAUUUACUUUGGCUCACCCCUUCUACAUCUGCACCGAACUGAAAAUCCUACUAAAUUUAUAGUAGUCAGAGAAAAGUGCUCAAUCGCCCUAAACUGAAUAGUGAUUGUUUCCUGAAACCGUCUCUGGACGUUUGUUCUAAAAAACUGAAAUGAAAAAAACACUUGUGAAUCCUAACGUUAUUUAUGUGAGUCUGAAGUAGAUAUAUACAUUUCACCUCAUGCACCGUUAUUCUAAGCACUUAAAACCCAGAGGGUUUCCGGACCGAUUCAUCCCAAGAAGAGAUGUUACAGAUUUUGAAUGUUCAUAUCAUAUAAUUGACUACGAAGAAGAAAGUAGCAGUCUCUCCCAAAAUUCUAGUGUAACAAUUGAUGAAGAUGCCGUGUUUCUCAAUACUGCCAAAAAUAAAUAUAAUGCUCAGAAAUACCGAAAUGAGUUGAGAGAAGUUUUGUUUCCAAGCCAGAAUAGAGUUUUGCAAUUUUCAACUCCUCGGAAAUUGAAGAAAUAUUUUGAUGAAAGCACAGACGUAUGGCCUGUGGAGGCCAGAUCAAAACCAUUACUGGGAGCACCAUCUACAGUUUUGGAUAUGCCGGAUUUAGACACCCAUUUAUGUCACCAAGUAGUGGAUUGGGGCAAGAAAGGUUAUAUAGCUGCGACCUAUGAUGGUGAGGUUCAUUUGUGGCACCCCGAACAGAAAGUUUCCAGAAGGGUAACCAACACGGGCCGCAAGGUUAAGAAUUGCAUCAAAUGGAACAAAGAAGGCACACAUUUUGCGAUGGCGCUGAGGAAUCGGGAAAUCGCAAUAUGGGACUUCGAAUCAUUCAAAACUACUGCUCAAGCUGUGUGUCGCUGCUCGUUGAAUUGCACCAUAACAGCAAUAGAGUGGGCAGCAAACAAUUUUUUGAUAACAGGAUGUUCCAAUGGAUGUGUUUGUUAUUGGUCUUCAAAUCUGACUUGCAUUAAAACGUGUCCUUCUGCUCACUGCAAAGAUAUUAUCAGCAUCAAACUCUCUUGUAAAGAACGAGGAAUGGUCUCCACAGGAAUAGAUAAACAAGUGAAAACAUGGAUUUGGCCGGAUUUCCUCCCAAACGCAGACAUGGAAUAUAAUGGACCCACAAAGGCUGUUGACUGGCAUCCCUGGAGGGACUCAUUGCUGGCGGUGGGAGGGCCAAUAUAUUCGACAAUAUGGAAUGUCAACACUGGAAAAAUAAUCAGUUUUCGAGAGCAUCCCCAUUCUAAUAGUUCAGUGGAUUGCCUAUCAUUCAACCCCGUUUCUGCUGAACUUGUGGUGACGUACUGGUCACUUAAGGAAAACGGAGGAAGUGAGAACUACAUAAGUGUACUAAAGAACUUAGAUAGUGUAGUAGACGAAAUAAGAUAUAAUAACGGGAGAGUUCCUUAUCUACUUUGGGAUUGCACGGGCACCAAGUUAGCUACUGCUAGUUCUGAUGAAAAUUUGUGCAUAUGGGAUUUCUUUGGGACAUCCUCGAAGUUGGAGAAGAAGUAUUUGAAAACGAAGAAGAAGACUUUCACCAUGAAUAUGUUCUCCAACUUAUACGCAUUUGGUGAUAGCAUAAGGUGAAUACAGCGAAGGUGUAAAACUGUUUUUCAAUUCCACAGUUUUCAAUUGAUUGAUUUGUUUUAAAUGCGUUUUAUAUUCUUGAUGCAAUUGUAGUGAGAGAUUUUAUUUUUCCAAAUAGAAAGAGGGUAAUAUUCA